UGUUUUGCGGAAGUUGGACAUAUUUGCACCUUUAACAUUUACACAGUCUUGGAGUUGUUAGACUCGAAAUGGACUAAAGAAACCAAAAUAUAUUGUGAAUUUAUAAUUAAUCUUUGUACAUUAUAAAAUGCUAUAGACUAGCUAAAAGUUUACUUUGCAAAUGUAGCUCAGCAUUAUAAAAUGUCUAAAAAUUCGAAGGGAGCUUUAAGAUCUUCCACUGGUGUGGUCGAAAUCAAAAGCAAGUUUGAUGCAGAAUUUCGGAGGUUUUCAAUUGAUAAAACAAAAAUGAGACAGUUUGAUGACUUCUAUCUUCUCUUAGAGGACUUACACCACCUGAUGGAUAUACCUUUUAUUAUAACUUACAUAGAUCCUCAUAUGGAUUUAUUGCCCAUCAACAAUAAUGAAAACUACAAUAGAGCCCUUUCUACAGCUAGACCAAGUUUGAAAAUUUUGAUUCAGCGCAAAGGUGAAAGCUAUGGAGAGCUAAAUGGCUAUGGAUCUCAGCCAGUAAGGAAAAGAAAUCCCAUAUCCAAGCUGAUAAGUUCAGAGACUUCCCCACGUCCCCGCAUACAGAUAAGUCUCCUGGAAGAUUUCAGGCGUGUCUCAGCCAUUAUUGACGUGGACAUAGUGCCUGAGACACACAGGAGAGUCAAGUUGAUGAAGAAUGGAUCAGAUAAACCUUUGGGAUUUUACAUAAGAGAUGGGACUAGUGUCAGGGUCACACCUCAUGGUCUAGAGAAGGUGCCUGCCAUUUUUAUUUCUCGCUUGGUGCCAGGAGGGCUUGCAGAGAGCACAGGGCUACUGGCGGUAAAUGAUGAAGUGUUAGAGGUUAAUGGUAUUGAAGUUGCUGGCAAAAAGUUGGAUCAGGUGACAGACAUGAUGGUCGCAAACAGUUCCAACCUCAUCAUCACAGUGAAACCAGUUAACCAGGGCAUGACCCUGGCACCCCAGCGUGGGGCUGUUGGUCGUCACAGCAACAUGUCAUCUACAUCCCAGGUCUCCCAACAGUCCCAGGUUUCCAACAACUCGUACCACUCAGCCAAGUCCUACGACAGCGAGCCUGUGGCUGAGAUGGACGACGAGGAUGAAAUUCAUGACCAUUUGUCCCCUGCUGGCCACGAGGAGCCUGAGGAGCCGCUGGAGUUGAUAAAACAGUAUAGAGACAGUAGGAGUUCUAAGAACUCAGGGAGCAUAGGCAAUAACAAUGGUAGUGGGAGGAAGAGUGGCAGUAUGGGUAAGGGAGCCAAGAGCAAGGUGGUGGUGAAACAUUCAGACAACACCAGUGAGAAUGGGCAGCAGGAGGAGGAGGACCCUACGUCCAGCACUCUUUAGGCUCGUUCACCUGUGCCUCAGCUAUUCUGUUGAAAGAAGAGAUGGAUCCUACUUCAAGAAAAUUGUAGAGUUCUUCGAUUUUACAGUAGUGUACGGUCAAGGCUUUCUUUAUGGCUCCAAAAAUUGUGACUAGUGAAGUACAUUUUAGGUUACAAAUACUCAAGUUUAGGUUUGUGCAUUGAGGAAGUGAAUGGUUAACCAUGUUUAUAUAAUGCUGUUGCAGCUCUAUAUACUUUAAUCUAUACACUAUACAUCCCUUUACUAGUGUUAAUGGUUGUGCUUUAUUUAUAUCUUGAAGACUUGAGCAUUCCCAGGUUUGUUUUUGUAACUUUUAAACAUGUUUUUGGAUACAGUUUACUUAAAGAUUAAUUUAUAGAAUUGUAUGUUCAUCUGAAUUUAUAUGAAAAUUUUUGUAUCUGUAACUAAACAUUGGUACUAAUCCAUGAAAAUGUUUUUUUUGUCAUUGGACAUGGGUACACAUCUUCAGCAGUACUACACAUUAGAAAUUUUAAAACUGGUUGUCUGGUGGUUGUGUCCUGUAAGUUUUAUUUUUCUAGCUUGUAGCUAUAUGUCAUUGCUGUUAGGUAAUUUUAAAGUUUCUUUUUUUAUUUAUAUUAUCUCAGUUUGACAUGUGUUUUUUUCAUUAAUUUAAAAUAACUUUAAUAUUUGAUGGCUUUUAGCUUUGUACCCAUGAAUGGUGAUAAGUAUUUUAUUUGUAAGUAGUAAUUGGUUUACUAGAUAAUUUUUUAAACAUGUUGACUUCAAUGUAACACACAUUUGUAUACAAUCUUUAUCAGCCAAAACUAGCCCAACUAAAUGACAUUACAGUAACACAGACAUUCUUAAUAGCUGACGUGACAAUUUUUAAAUAAAAUAUUUAUAUGCAAAUAUAACUAUGUCAUACCAACAUAUACUAUCUUUGAUAUAAUCUACCGAUUGUUUCAGUUAGUUUAGUAUUUACCUGUAUGUAUUUGGUUGUUAAUGUACUUAUCCAAAGAAAAGUACUAAGGAUGAUCCAAUACAUUCGCUAAUGACUUUUUGCCUAGUCAGAAUUUGAAAUUGUGGAAGGAAAAAUCUUUGUUUUGUUGUCUUUUAUUCCGCUGUGUUACAAAUGGUUAUAUCCUAACAUUUGUUA